AUGUUGUUUCAAGUGGAAGGUUGGAAGUUGAAAAACGACAAGAAUAUAGCGUUGGGUGGAGUCAAGGAUAAGAAGAAAAAGAAGAAGAAUAAUGACAAGAAGAAGGAAAAGUCUGUUGAUGAGCAUCAAGUUGUGGCACACAAAGAGCAUGGCCUCAAUGAACAGCCUGCUAAAUCGAAGAAACAGGACAAACUGAAAGACAAAGGAUUUACUAGCAAUGUUUCUGAGAAGGAUACCUCUAGGAAUCAGAUGAAAAGAAAAAGAGAAGCAACUACUAGCAACGAGGAAUCAGAGUCCAUCACUAACAAAAGAGCAAAGACUCUUAAACAAGUAGCAUCAAGUACGACAACUCCCAAAGCACCCAUGGAGCCAGCACCUCCAGUACCUAUCACCACUCAAACUAAACUUACUCCCUUGCAACAAAAAAUGAUGUCAAAAUUAUCUGGGUCUCGAUUCAGAUGGAUCAAUGAACAAUUGUAUACAAUCACCUCAGAAGAAGCUCUCAAAUUGAUCAAAGAACAGCCAUCAUUAUUUGAUGAGUACCAUCAAGGUUUCAAGUCUCAAGUCUCAAGUUGGCCAGAAAACCCAGUUGAUGUAUUUGUUAAACAAUUUGAGACUCGAUUACUCUCAAGAAACAUCAAUGCUCCUGGUGGAUUACCUGGAACAAGAGAUAAAAAAAUUGUUGUUGCUGAUAUGGGAUGCGGUGAAGCCCAAUUCAGUGCAGAUGUAGCUAGAUUUGUUCAACUACAAAAGAAGAAGUCGAAAAAGUACAAGAAUCUUGAUGUUGAAAUCCAUAGUUUUGAUUUAAAGAAACAAAAUGACAGAAUCACUGUUGCUGAUAUCAAGAAUGUGCCCUUAGAAGACGAAUCUGCGACAAUUGUCAUUUUCUGUUUAGCUUUAAUGGGCACCAAUUUCUUGGAUUUUAUUAAGGAAGCAUAUAGGAUAUUACAACCACGAGGAGAAUUAUGGAUUUCUGAAAUAAAAUCACGAUUUCGUGAGAAAAGUAAUAACGGCGACAAUUUUGAACAAGAGGAAGAUCCAGAAAAUAGUACAGUUGGUAAAGAGUUUGUUGAUGCUUUGAAACUAUGUGGAUUUUUCCACAAACUGACAGACAAUUCAAACAAAAUGUUUACUAGAUUUGAAUUUUUUAAACCACCACAGGAUAUUAUUGAUGAAAGGAGAGCCAAGUUGGAAAGAAAGAGAAAAUUUAUUGAAGAAGAGAGUGAAAAAGAGAAAUUGGAGAGUAAAAGAGAAACCAAACCUGAAGGACAAUGGUUAUUGAAGCCUUGUAUUUACAAGAGGAGGUAG